UACCCAACUCGGCAAUACUAGGUACCUACUACUAGGUACAGUACGUACCGUCAGGUACCUUGCUUUAGGUAAUCUCCUAAAAUCUUAAGAGCCGCAAUAUCAACAUUCAAUAACGAAAUUUCAUUUUCAUAUUGAAUGCCAACACAUCCCACACCAUCAAACUCAUCAAAUCCGCGUUGCUUCGGGUCGCAGCUCCCAAAAAAAAAUCCUGCCUACCUACCUGGCAGGUACUGCUCGAUCUAGACGCGCUUUACAUUUUGCGCUUCACGGAAGAGAAAAAAAGAGGACACAUUUUGGACUUAGCAACAUCAACAAACUCGUUUCUCAACGUACCUAGGAACUUACUUACCUAGGUAGGCAUUCAACCAUCAACAAUAUACCCUCGGGCGCGUCACUCUUUUGUGAUGAGUGGCGCCACCGAGGAAUCCGCUCCCGACGCCGGCCAGGGUGGAAUCAGUACACCCAGUAGCCUAUCUGGUCAAAAGCGGACACGCGGUUACGGAGAGCAAUUGAAGGGAUUAUCCCAAUCUGACGAUGAGGACAUGCAGGAGGCAGAGCCAUCACCUGCUUUGAAGAAACAGAAAACAGAUCAUUUCGAUGAUGGCGAUUCAGAUCUGGAUGAUGGCGAGAUAGUAGAGUCGAGUCCUGCUCAACACGCCACUCGAGAUGUAUCAACGUCCGCGUUGGAAGAAUUAGGCUCAGUCUCUAAUACUCCUGCCGAGAUCCGAGGUCCGGGUGAUAAUACUUACCAGCCUUCUGAAGAUGGUGAAAUUGACAGCAAUAUGGCCGACGACGACUCAAAUAACCCAUUUUUCAUUGACACAACUGGCACCAUGGGGACGCCUGUACAACAUUCGGGCUGGAAUCAAGGAGUUAGUGUAGGCGCGAGGACCUCAUUUGGAAAACCUACUACGCAACUCUUCCCCGGGAAUGCAUCCACGGCUCAUACCGCUCUCUCUUCGGUAUCCUCGUUACAUAUUCAUGAAGCAAAGGAUAAAGAUGACGAAGAUGAAGGCGAAGAUGAAGAUGAUGAGGAUCCUAAAGAUCGCGAUUACCAACCUCCGCAAUCUCCUAAAAUCGAUUGGUUCAAGGACGUCGUUAAACCGGAGCCGAAGCCUAAUCUUACGUUCAGUGUUGGGGGUGUCACGUGGAAUCUCCGUCGUCAAGCUUUUCGAGCCAAGAAGCGAAACAUAUCUGAUGCCAAAACGUUCUGGAACGUAAGACUCUAUCCUUGGAUUCUUGCACUGGCCGAGGCAAAUGAGGACAUGGCUGAUCGCAUAACUGCGGAGGUCGUUAAGGCAGGAUUUAACGACCAUGUGAACCGUAAAAGGAUGGAUAGCCUUUUGACAGGCCAUAUUAACCAUAUCAACAAAAUUCGUCCUGUGGCUCAAGAAGUCUUAGAAAAGGCUGAUCUGAAAGCUCUGAUUUCGAAAGCACAAAAUGCUCUCCAGAAGAAGCAAACCCAGACAUCAGAAGGUAAGACAACAGGAAAAAAGUCCUCCCCGGCUAAUGAAUCUGCUCUUAAGGCAGCAAAUCCCAAUCCUCUCAAAGAAGAGUAUAUCCAGGAUGACGCCCCGAGUGUUCAGAACGAGACCACCCCAUCACCCUCUAAUAGGCGUGCACGAAAGAAACCACUGAGCCCUGACGAGGAAUUGCGACUACAACGAAGAUAUUUUCCACUUGCUGAAGAUCCAUCCAUUUUCUGUCUAUGUUGCUCCGGGAUUGGGCAUAAGACUAUUCAAUGCCCGCUAUUACAAUGUAAAUUCUGCGGAAGCGAGGAGCACCGCAUAUUUGCCUGUCCGACAAGACGGAGGUGCUCAAAGUGUCGCCAAUUGGGACACAGGGCCGAGACCUGCAAUGAAAAACUUGCGCUUGCACCAGGGGAACAAGAUGAGUGUGCGUUUUGUGGCGCGGAGCACUCAGAUGAACAGUGUACUGAAAUUUGGAGGACCUAUAAGGUGGUUCCGGGACAACAGAAGAAGGUCAAGGAUAUUCCCGUCUUCUGCUACACCUGCGGCGGUAGUGGCCAUUACGGACCCGAAUGUGAUUUGCCUGACAAGGGCAUAGUCAUGGAGCCCACAUCUUGGUCUCAGGCAAACCGCAAUCUCUACAUAGACCCGGACAGCGAAAACGUCGCUUUAGCCCUCGUUAAUGCGGGACCUGCUCCCUCAUUUGAAACUGACAUUCGCAUCCGUGGGACGGCAACGAAACGGGUUCAUACUCAUUUCGUCUCUGAUGAUUCGGACGAGGAUCUCAUCCACGCGCCUGUCCAAAGGUCAGAACCUCGAGGACAAAUUAGGAUCUCGAGUAACAUUGGUUCGGUUGGACAAGGCAACAAUCGUGGACGCGAUAACCGUCGAAAUAAUGACCAGAGCCGCCGACGUCAGAACGAGAGAGAAUUCAGCCCCCCUCCCCCGCCUCCGUCGUACAAUACUCAAGGCAACGGAGGCGCAUGGCAGCCUCCCCUCCCGCCUGGCCCGCCUCCUCCUCGUGACAGGAACGAGAGACCAUUGGCUCCUCCACCCCGGUCACUACCUCCUCGCCCCGCGACCUACGAUUCUGGAUCCAGCAGAGGUAGUUCCAAUAAUCGGGGUGGUCAAAACAAUCGGGGCGGACGAGGAGGGUACCGAGGAGGUGGCCGAGGCGGCGGUCGGGGAGGAAGAGGCAGGGGAAGAGGGAAAUGAGUUUACUCUACGAGCAAAGUCUUCUGUAGUGAUACUUAUUCUACGAUGGGUAUGAGAGAUGCGAUGCAGUAGUCAUACCCCGAUGGGACUCUCUAACCACACUGGUUUCCUUUUCAAUGGCUUGCCUUUCCAAAGUCCUAUGUUAUGAGACAGCUGUCGCGACAUAGGUUCAGCCCAGGGGAGCCAUGGAGUUCACCCUUUCAAGCAUCUUUCUUCAUAUGGAAAGACGAUACCCGCCGCUACCUCAUGGGGCAAGGGGGGAAAUUCCCGUAUGAAAGGAGUGAUCUUCAUCUGAUACCGCCCUACAUACUAAAGGAGGGCCUACUGCCUUUAACUUAGGUUUAUUGGCCUUCCUCGUUCAUUCUUGCCCUCAAGGUCGCCAGAAGUGACUCGAAAUGCGACGCAUGCGGUUAUUCACGUAACAGGAACUUAUAUGGUUCCACUGCCGGCAUUCCGAGAUACGAAUUAGUUAUGCCUUAAUGCAAAUUGCUUGUCCAUA